UGGAGUAAGCCAGAGACACAGUCGGUCUUCAAUCUCGUUAUAUUUAUCUUCUCCCUAUCAAGAUCUAGGGUUUCCAUUUCACCCUAUGGAAUCCACACAUCCAUUCUCUUCAUUCCUUUUGUUUGAUCGAUUAUACUUCCCCCUACAGGAAAAUAUAAAUUAAUACUAUAUAUAUAUAUAUAUGUAUAUGUAAUUUGAAUACAGAUAUAGAGCUGAAGUUCAAUGGCGCUGGGGAAUUCGGAUCAGAACCAAGACGAGUGCGAGAGUACUGAAGAGAAUGAAGAUGGAUGUAGUGGUGAUGAUAACCUUAUUAUCAGCGGAGGAAGCUCGAGCAACAGCACGGUGGAAGAGACUGAGAAAAAGUCUUCUGUGCGGCCGUAUGUUAGAUCGAAGAUGCCAAGGCUCCGGUGGACACCUGAUCUACAUCUCCGAUUCGUCCAAGCUGUUGAAAGACUUGGUGGGCAGCAUAGAGCAACACCUAAGUUGGUUCUUGAAAUGAUGAACGUCAAAGGGCUUAGCAUACACCAUGUGAAGAGCCAUCUUCAGAUGUUCAGGAACAGGAAGGUUGAUGGCCCUGGUCAAGCUUUAUCGGGUCAUAGGCAAUUCCAGAAUUAUGGAGAUCAGCACAAGAUUCUUAACCUUGGCCAACUUCCAAUGCUGCAACAACUUCAUAAUAGCCGAAAUUUUACAGGUUUCAGAUAUGGAGAAUCUUAUUGGAACGCACAAUCAGCCGGGCGCCACAAAUUGCAGAAUAGUAUCCCUGUCGGAGAUUUUCCUCAGAACAGACAGCUUGUAGAAGAGAUCGGACCUCGUCAGCUAUGCAGAAAUGUGUUGGCCGAUAAAAUAUUCAGCCUCACUAGGGCUCAGAUCAAUGGCUCAACCGGCAUGGAUCCCCCAGAGCCAAACGACGACCGAGGCAGCAGCCAGGAUCAUGUUGGAUACCGGACAAGCCUCGAGUACUGGGACGAUAAGAUGGCUAAGAAGCGGAGGUUGUCAACUGCAGAGCCGGUCAAUAUUGACUUAACCCUAUCUCUCGGAGUGAAAGCAAAUGACGAUCCAUCGGAUGGGGAUGAGGAAGAUAGGGAGAAGGGUUCUGAGGAGUCGUCGGGGAUUAGCGAUGAUCUAUCUCUCUCGCUUUGCUCGGCCUCUCCAAGACCCGAAAGGGUCAGGAGAAAGGAGUGUACUGAUGGUAGUAGUGAAGAAGGAAUGAAUGAUUUUAGUUGUAGUAAGAAUGGUAAUGGUGGGUUGAUGAUGAUGAGGGCAAGUACUCUGGAUCUGACUCUGUGAAUGAGACAGCAUUCUAAGUGAGAUCUUGAGGUACUUGUUCUGGAUAUCAAUACAAACAAUAAAUAAAUUAUCCAAAGACAUUUAUCUAUGAUAAUAAUUAUAAUGUGUAGUGUUUUCUCUGUGGU